AUGCAUGAAGAAAUUCAAAUGCAACAGCAAAUAACUGAAAAUAAUAGUAUACGUGAAUUACAAUUGGGAUUUUUAACAAAAAAGGACAUCGAUCGUGAUCGAUACAAUGUGCAAAGAGUAAAUGAUGUUGCAGCUGUUUUUUCUACUACGGCAGAUGGUGAAAUUCCGGAAACUUAUGUAACAAUUUAUAAUAAAAGUGAUAAAACAUUACAACAAAAUCAAAAACAAUUACGAGCUGAGACUUAUCAAGGAUUAAUUGAUUAUUUAGCAAACGCCGCCAAUAAUAACGAUGCUCAUAUUGGAAAAAUGAUUAUACUUCCAUCGACAUUUGUGGGUUCACCGCGUAAUAUGUUGCAACAUUAUCAAGAUGCGAUGGCUAUUGUUCGGAAAUAUGGAAAACCAGAUAUUUUUGUUACUAUGAUUUGUAAUCCAAAUUGGCGCGAAAUUAAAGAGAAUUUACUUCCAAAUCAACAACCUGCAGAUAGGCCAGAUAUAUGUGCUCGCAAUUUCAAAAACGCCAUAUGUGCGUUACAUAAAACUUCAAAACCAGAAAUCAAAACAUCAAUGCCAUGUUGCUGUUUGUGUUCUGAACAUGUAGAAAAUAAUCGUAUCUUUGAUAUUACAAAGGACAAUCACGCAAUAUUUAAUCCUUUACAGAAGAUUCGCAAGAUUUUUAAUGAGGGUUUUAAGGAUGACAGUGAUUCUAAACUGAUAUGUCUGCCGUGUCGAUAUAAUUUGGAUGUUUUGUAUGAUUUGAAAAGAAUAUAUCAGGAAGCAGUCAUCCAUUUGAAAGCCUUGAUUAAUGAAGAGAUAGACUAUUCAAAUUUUUCAAAGGUAUAUACAGAUGUUGUCAAUCGCAAAACGACUGUUACUACAUUUCCAGAUAUUACAUUUUAUGAUCUAAUAAAUUCUGAUAGCGAAAAUAGUGAAAAUAUGGUACAUAAUAAGCAGCGCGCCAAAAACCACAGAGGGCGACCCAGUGCACAAACUAAAUCACAAAACGACGUGAAAGCAAAUGCUCGAAAAUGCGACAAAUGUCAUAAUAUUGUCCCGAAUGGUACCGAUAUGUACAGAUUUCAUCGCACACGUCUAACGGUAUGCAGAAACUGUUAGAUAACGAUGGAUCCAAAUAAAGACAAAUUGAAACGGCGAUCACAACAGGUAGAAUCCAAUUUGGCAGAGACAAAACUAUGCGCAGUCUUUUUGACGGAUGUGCUGGAUAAAAAAUUGCACAAGAGCAAGAAAGAACAUAAGAUUGAAAAAAAUAAAGAUAAUAGAGCGUACAUUCUGUCAGAAGACAGUUCAUUAGAAGACAGAUUGUCUGAAUUGUCGGUGAAUAAUGCUGUUAACAAUAACAUAAAACGAGGAAAGAAACGGCAUAUCGACGCUGAGAAGAACGAAGAUGUUGAGAGCACACCGACAAAAGUAACAAGAUUGGAUACAAAACGUGCAAAUGCAAGUGAAACAAAGGUAUCGUCUGAUAUGGAGCAGCAGUCUACUACUUAUUCUACUACUACUACUUUGACACGUCGAGGACGUAAAAGAACAAAAACUGCUAUUGAUCGGAGUUCGGACUCUGAUGUUUCUUCUCCAUUGAAAUCAAAAAAGAAAUUGGAUGAUUGCGCGAAGCCUUUGUCACCUUCUUCGAGUAAGACAGAUAGAAAGAAAUUGAGGACUAUUCUUCAAGGGGUAACUGCGAAUGUACAUUCACAAUCUACUGAUGAGUCACCCACCGAAGAUACAAAUUUGGAAACGACGAAAAACACUCCGAAUGCGCAUAUAAACAAGGAAAAGACUACUCACAAAAGGACGAGAUCGUCUUCUAUCUCUAAUACGGAAAUUACAUCAUUGGCGGAGUUUAAAAGUCCGAAAUCUAUUGCAUUGUCAGAAGUUAAGAAAAAUUAUUAUACGUGUGACACGUACGGCAAGAAAUUUGACACCAAGUUAGCAAACGUGGAACACAGUCUAACACAUCUCAUGCAAGCUUCUUUAAAAUUGGAAAGGGUAACUAUUUCAAGCAUUAAGGAGAAACAAGACUUAAAAAUUGAUUCAGAAGAAGAUAAAGUCUUCAAAAACGUAAAGAUCUGUUUAACCAAAACUGUAUCAAUUGAUAAACAUACCAACGAUCCGUCUGAAGAGAUCGCUAUUAAUAUCGUAGAUACAGAUGAGGAAGAAAUCUUUUCUUCAUCGAGAGAACAAAGUGCAAAGAAGAAAGAAGCAGAGAAAGAAGCGAGCAGCGAACGCUAUAAUGUGACUGACAAACUGAACGCAGAAAGCAAAUUGUAUGUAGAAGAAUCUGCGAAAAUUCAAUGUGAUGAGAAUAUGACAGAAGAAUCCGAACAAUGUGUAGAAUCGAUGGCUGUGCCGAAUGAAACAGAGACAUCUAUUGAAAUAGAACAGGGCAAAGAUACAAAAGAAAUAAAUACAAAGAAUAAUAAUAUUAGGGAAGAAGAUACAAAGACUAAAGAUAGAAAGGCAUCAAUGGAUAGAGACAUUAACACAUCGAUAGAUAAAGACACAAAUGUACAGAAAGAUGCUAUAGUGAAGGACAUGUCUUCUUCUACGUCCAAAUUUUUAUAUUGUUAUAACUUGUGCACAAACGUUGCUGUAAAUGAAAAUAAAGAUGUAUCUGCAGAAAAUGAUACAAAAAUGUCUACUAAAGAAAAAGAAAAGUCUAAUAAUGAGGCUAAUAAUGACAAAGAACAUCUUCAUGAAGAAAUGACACAAGAUAGCAAUGCAACUAGACCAUUGGUUUCAUCAAUUAAUAACACAACCAAGGAUGACGAUAAUAAAAAUCAUAGUGAAAGCUGCAAAAGUGAUUUAAAAAUUAGUUGCAAAGAUAAUGAAAGUGAGAUAAUAAAGGACAUAGAAAUGAGGCAGUGCGAGUUAACGAAUAAAUCUCAGAAGGAAAAUAUAGAUGAAUCGGAGGAAAAUGAAAAAAUUGUGUUGGACAUCACUGAUGAGACAGAAACAUUAAAAGAUCAAAUAGAUUUAAACGAUACAGUAAUCGUGGAUGAAGACAAAGUCGAGGCCUCAGGAAAGCAGCAAGAUACAGCCAGUGACCAGAAUAUGGAAACCGAAGUGAUUAUAGAUGACAAGCCUAAUAAUGCAACAGAUACCGUUAAAUCGGAUCUUUUGAAUGGUGAAAAACUUAAUCAGGCGGAAGAUGGCGAUGAAAACGAGAACGAUGUUGCAAUAAUUCUUGCAGAUAGUAAUAACGAUAUAGUACAAUAUGCAAAAGUCGCAGAAGAAACAAUUACAAUAGACAGCUCAAAGGAGAAGGAUAAAUUAGAGGAGACCAUAAAGAAUCUCGAAGACUUGAUCGAGAAUAAUACAACGAAUAACAAGUGUGAAGAGCGGGAAAACUCGAAUCAUACCUUGAAUGAUAGCUCCAUGGAUGCAGCUAACAUGAUACUGAAAGAAAUAUUUGAUCUUGCAGCCGCCGAAGUUAAAAAACGAGAGGCCAUUAAUAACACAAAAGAUUUGCAAGAUACUGAAAUAGAGACUCUGAAGAAUAUAAUGCGCGAGAUACGCAAUAGCGCCGAUAUGCCAUCUUUGGACCCGAUCAGCAUUAUGGAUAUAGAUGAUGACAAUGAUAUCACAUUAAACUAUUUGUGUUAUAUUGUUAUUAUCUAUUUACACGCAAUCAGCAUGUACAUUCUGUUGUACAUGUACAUGAUUAUGCGAGUGAUUGAUUGUGUGUACAAUGAAAAGGCAACAGGGACAAACAAACAACUAACAAAAGGAAAUAAGAACGUAGACAUCAUGGACGAAAAUAUCUUCCCCAGGCUCAGAAGAGAAACAUUACCUAAGACGGAAAUAAUCAACUACUGGACACAGCCAAACAGGAUAAAACAAAAACAAGCAGCAACAACACAGGAAGCAGCUGAUACCAGCAACCAAAUUUAG